CUACAGCACACUGAUCAGCUCAUCAGAUUUUUUACCUGCCUGGGCGCUGAAUCAUGUCGUUGAGCCCAAAGCAUACUACACCUUUUUCAGUUACUGAUAUCCUGAGUCCCAUUGAAGAGACUUAUAAGAAAUUUGGAGGUAUGGAGAGCACUGGAAACCUGAGCAGCCCUCUGGGAGCCUACAGACAGAGCCAUGUCUCCCAGACAGGUAUGCAACAACACUCCAUGGGACACAAUGCCACAGUCACCACUACCUACCACAUGCCCCACAGUGUCUCCCAAUUUUCACAUGGGCCAGUAGGAGGUUACUGCAAUGGUGGCAUUGGCAACAUGGGGGACAUUCCUUCUUACCAAGAAACCAUGAGGACUAAUGCUGCUACAGGCUGGUAUGGAACCAACCCAGACCCAAGAUAUUCAACAAUUUCUAGAUUUAUGGGACCAUCCACUGGUAUGAACAUGGCCGGCAUGGGGACUCUGCAAGGCAUAGCAGAAGCUGCAAAGUCCAUGGCCCCACUUCACGCAGCCCCCAGAAGAAAGAGAAGAGUCCUUUUUUCCCAAGCUCAAGUAUAUGAACUGGAGAGGAGGUUCAAACAACAGAAGUAUCUCUCUGCUCCUGAGAGGGAGCACCUAGCCAGCAUGAUCCACCUCACUCCAACACAAGUGAAGAUCUGGUUUCAGAACCACAGGUACAAAAUGAAAAGGCAAGCCAAGGACAAGGUGUCCCAACAGCUUCAGCAAGAAAGUAACUUGUGCCAGCAGCAAUCUCCUCGCAGAGUAGCUGUGCCAGUGCUGGUAAAAGAUGGAAAACCUUGCCAAAACAGUUCCAACUCAUCUACACCUAGCCAACAGGUACCCCAACAACAGAACACCUCCAACGGUGUAUUGUCUUCUUCUAACGCUGUCCAUCAGCACCAAAACCAACAAGUUAACUCUCUGAGCCAAGCUCCAGAUCUAGAAGAGAUGUCACCAAGUCCCCAGUCACUCCACAAUCAGGUAGCCAACAUGGGCCAACUGGACAACUCAAGUGUAGAUUAUAGUAAUGGAAUGGUCAAUGCCACCAUGCUCUAUGGCCGAACGUGGUAA